AUUUCGAAAUAUACACCAUCGUACAGUAUAGAUAAAGGGAUCCCAAGAACAUAACAGACAUUUGUCGCUCCUUCCAUAAGAUUACUAACAUCCAGACCUGCGUUAUCAGUACGUGUACGUUUGGUUCACAAACUAGGCUGAAAACAAUGAAGAUAUUUUUUGGCGGCAGCAUGAGAGGAGGCCGACAGGAUGCUGAAAUAUACGAACGACUAAUUGAGAAGCUUCAAACUUACGGAGAAGUCCUUACAGAUCACGUUGGCUCGAAAGAUGUUGAAAAAAAUGAGACAGAUGCGACUGACAAGUGCAUAUACGACCGAGUUGUUCGGUGGCUGGAAGAGAGUGAUGUUGUGGUAGCCGAGGUAACCCAGACCUCUAUUGGAGUGGGGUACGAGAUCGGACGAGCCGUGGCCAUGGGCAAGAAGAUACUGUGUCUCUGCAGACCUUCGCCUGAUAAACGUCUGUCUGCCAUGAUAGCUGGGGCUCACAAUGGCACCACAUUUGUCGUAAAAAAUUACACCGAAGAAGAGGCAGAGCAAAUAUUUAAAGACUUUCUUACAUAAACGUUCGGCAUUCAAAUAGUGUGAACGGUCCCGAGUUUCGUCGGUUGACGUCAUCAGAUUUUUGUCUCACGACACAGCUGCGUUUACACGGGAGUAAUAUUUUCUAAUAAAUUAUAUUGGCUAUGUAUAACUAUGCAUUAAUAUAACCAGGUAUGUUUAUGUUAAUGAGAGUCGGACACAAUUUGUAUUACACAAGUUUUAAACUUAUAAUAACUGUUAGUCUGUCAACAGCUUUUAUCCCUCAUUAAACGCCAUCGACAACUGAGAACAGGCGUUGCAUAUUUUUCCGAAAAAGUACUGAAAUUAAAAUGGCGUACAUUU